AUGAAGAACCAAAAGAAGGGCAGCGGCUCUUCUUCAAGUCGCAUCACCGAUGCGCGAUUCGCCAGCUUUGAGACCGAUCCCCGGUUUCGCCUCCCCUCCAAGAAGCGCACCAAGACUACCUUGGACAAGCGAUUUGCUGGCAUGCUCGAUGAUGAAGACUUUACAGCCACAGCUAAAGUAGAUCGCUACGGACGCAAGAUCAAAUCCGAUUCAAAAAAGAAGGCCCUCCAACGGUUGUAUCAACCAGAAGAAGACGAAGACGAAGAUCCGAGCAAGUCAGAGGAGGACGAGAAAUCGGAAGUUGAUGAUGACGAAGUUGUGCAACGGGAGCUUCGAGCCGCCGAAGAGAAAGAGAAAGAAAAGCCGAAGGACUACGAUCCGGCCCGACAUGGAGGCUUUGCUUCCUCAGAAUCCGACUCUGAUUCCGACGAGGACUCGGAUGAGGAGGAGGAAGAGGGCGGUGUUGGUCUAGCUACAGAAGGGGAGAUGCAGAAAUUUCAGGACGAGCAGGUCGAUGUCGAGACGGGCGAAGUUACAAAUCGCAUUGCUAUUGUCAAUUUGGACUGGGACCAUGUCAAGUCCACAGAUCUUAUGGCCUUGUUCGCCAGUUUCCUACCUGAGAGUGAGGACGGUCGCAUCCUCAAGAUAUCCGUCUACCCUAGUGAAUUUGGCAAAGGAAGGAUGCAACAAGAGGAAGUUGAGGGCCCUCCGAAGGCUCUCUUCAAGAACGAUGGAAAGGACUCCGACGACAGCAGCGACGACGGAAGCGACAGCGAAGAUGAAAAGAUCAAAAAGGAGCUAAUGCAGGAAGGUGACGACCAAGAUUUUGAUAGCGAUGCACUUCGAGCAUACCAAUUAGACCGAUUGAGGUACUACUACGCUGUCAUGGUCUGUUCAAGUCCCAAAGCGGCACAAACGAUUUACGAAGCUACGGACGGGACGGAAUACCAAUCGUCUUCCAAUGUCAUUGACUUGCGAUUUAUUCCCGACGAUGUUACCUUUGACGACGAGCCCCGGGAUGAGUGCGACAAGAUUCCCGAUACGUAUAAACCGGUCGAGUUUGUGACCAAUGCUCUGCAAAGCUCCAAAGUCAAGUUGACGUGGGACAUGCACCCUGAGGAGGCAUCUCGUAAGGAAUCAAUCAACAGAGCAUUCACUGGCAGCCGGGCAAAUCUCGAAGAAAACGAUCUCCGAGCCUACCUCGCGAGCGACAGCGAAGAUGACGGAAAUGAUGUAGAAGAGGUCAACGCAGAGGCCGAGGAAGAUGCUGCGGACGAGCCCAAGCUAUCCAAGAAAGAGCUAGCCCGCAGGAAGAUGCGAGAAGCGCUGGGUCUAGCGGAAGAGGCAGCGCCCAAGAAAUCAAAGGACGGCCCCGUAGGCGACAUGCAAAUUACAUUUACAUCAGCUCUAUCCAACUCCAAGGCGAAGGAUGCCGAUCAAGAAGAAACGACAAUCGAGAAGUACAAGCGGAAAGAGAAGGAACGAAAAGAUAAGAAGCGACAGGCAGCCAAAGCUAAGCGUGCCGGCAUUUCAGGCGAAGAUGCGGAUCAAGGAGAAGACGACCUUCCCAAUCCCGCCGCCGAUGAUGACCUUGGUUUUGAUGACCCCUUCUUCACCACUGAAGACACGGCCGCGCCGUCCAAAACCUCUAUCCGCAAAGAAGAGCGACUCAAGAAGCGUCAAGCUCGGGAAGAAGAAGAAGCAGAAUCAGCCGCCGCGAAGGCACACCUCACCAAGGUCAUGGCAGAAGAUUCUCUCGAUAAUCAAGUGGAUCACCUGGAUCAUUUCGACAUGAAUGAGAUUAUGCGCGCCGAGAAGAAAAAGAGCAAGAAAGGCAAGAAGGGUAAAAAGGGUGCUGGGGAUAUUGAAGAUAGAGGCGGAUUACAGGAAGAUUUUAGCAUGGACCUUGAGGAUGAGCGAUUCAAGGCCGUCUUUGACAGUCAUGAGUUUGCGAUUGAUCCUUCUAAUCCCAAGUUUAAGGCCACAAGCGGUAUGAAGAAGUUGUUGGAGGAAGGGAGGAAGAAGAGACGGGGAGGUGAUGGCGAUGACGAGCCGAGGCGGAAGAAGAUUAAGAAGGGGAGGAGGUGA